AUCUUUUAAACAACAUGGAGUUCGUCUUCCGCGCCUUGGCUUCCUGACAGCGACGUUUGGCCCCGGUUUCACCGUUCACGAUGCCGUUCGGUAUGAAACCGACGUGCGCUACAUGCAAGACCACCGUAUCGUCCAUGUGGCGCAAGAACGAGCAAGGCGACGUUUUGUGCAAUUCGUGUGCGCUGCGCGGACACGCGGUGCCUACGGAACCUGAGCCGCCGUCCGCCAAGGAGGCUAACGGCUGCCCUUUUACGCUGCGCAAAAGUACCAGAGCCAAGACUUCCAAGCUGAAGCAGCAACAGCAGCAGCAACAGACCAAGACAGCCGCACCCAAAGGAAAAGGUCGUCGGGCAAUUUUCAAGAAAACGCCCUUAAGAGCACCAACAGCAGUAGCGACGUGUGUUACCAGUGACUACGUGUUUUUUCGGGGCACCUACUACCAAGUGGGGGAUAUCGUGGCCCUAAUGGACGAGAAUGACGACACCUACUACGCUCAAAUUCGAGGCUUGCUGCAGGACCAGUACUGCGAGAAGAGUGCAGUCAUUACGUGGCUGCUUCCCACUUCAGAGAGCCCCAUGGAUCACUUCGAUCCUUCCACCUAUAUCCUGGGGCCGGAGGAGGACAUUCCUCGGAAGCUGGAGUACAUGGAGUUCGUUUGCCAUGCCCCUUCGGAGUACUUCAAGGCCCGAAAGUCGCAGUACCCCAUGCAGAAGCCUCCAGGCCCUGAGUGUGGUUUCAUUUGGACUAGAAUUGGCCCACAGAUCAGGCCAGUUCCAACCCAGGAAGAAGUGUUCGGGACAGUUUAGGUGGCCGUGUUUCCUAGAGAUCUGACAGAACAGUGUUUCAUAUUUCUCAUUUCCCAGUGUUAGGUGAGUGACAGUUUGCUCGAUUGUUUGCACCAGAUUUGUGCCCGACUUUUGUGCGUCAGCAUAAUCGGACUAAAUGGAACAGUCACAGCUGCCACGUGAUGAGCUUAAUAUUACAAAGAAGCUCAUGAUUUGACGUAACAACAGGAGUUUAUUUAUUUCAGUGUUGACUCCAGUGUGAUGGAAUAGGUAUCCUGUUUUACUUUCAUGUAUAUAACAAGAAUGAAGCCAAGUAGCACUACUACGAGUAGUUAUCUGUUACAAGCUUCCUUGAAGUGAUGCUUAUGUUUUGCAGUGCAUAUUACUGCCAUAGGCGAGACAUAUUACAAAAGAGAAAAAACAAUGUGCAUGAGUGUACCUCCACAGGUACACCACCUGCAUUUUUCACAGACCAGUGUACUUAGGAAAUAGGGGCUGAAAUUAUUGGCCUUCGCAUAAUUGGCAGCUGCUGCAUUCUUCAAGCAGGAGAAAAGAGCAAAUUUCCUUUUAGUUACAUCGUAUUGAAAAAAUUGAUCUGAGCAGAAAGAAAAUGUUUGGCCGUAACAUCAGUACGAGAAAGAAAGCGGCACACAGCUGUAUCAUAUGCAUUUAAUAGUCUUAUGAGAGUAUGAAUCAUGUUAUAUGGUGUUCACAUUAUAUUCUGGCAUCAUUUGCCAGUCCAAAAAGUCGAAAGCAAGCACCCCUAUUGCCAAUUCUGUUCAACCUCGCUCUAUGCACGAGUUUUCUAGCCAGUUUUUAAAUGAGUCUGCAGAUGUUUUUUUAGGAGACAACAGCAGAGUGGCUUUAUUUUCCCCCAUUUAUUGAUGAAAUGCAUUACUCUUGUAAAGCCUGAAUGCGCACAAUUGAAUGUGAAAAAUGUAGAGGAAAAGGUCUUGCAGUGUGCUACACUUGUCCAGAACGAGUGUAGGCAAAGGAAAAAAGACAGUUUGCGAGAUACUAUUUGGACAAAUCUUGCGGCAAUUGUCAUGCAGUCUCCAUGUUUGUGCACAUACUGUACACAUGGUUAGCACCUUUGCACACUACUUAGUUUGCCUGCUAGCCACAUGAACCCUAAGGACAAUAGAUUAACAAGCAGCAAACCGUGCCAGUGGCUGAUCAAGGUUUUGUGUUGGUGCCAAGCUAUGGCACAUUUCUGGCUAUUCAGUUGAUUUUCUGGGGUUGAAGCUUACCAACACUCUGGCAAAUCAGUUCUAUAGAAGCCUGCAAGGUGGAAAAAGAUCUGUGAAACAGGAAUGGUCAUUCUCCCACUUUGUAGCACAAAGCUAAAAGGAAGUCUAUAAAGCAGCGAAGCUUCUCAGGUGAGUAAAAAUUCAGGACUACAAGCGGAUAAUCUUUUUUAAACUAAAAAGUGAAUGGUCAAGGAAAAUUUGGCUUUCGUUCACGCAGUUCAUACGUUCAUCACAAAAACAAGUUUAGCUUCACUCAUAGCUACAGCUUACCUUAUGCCAUGUUUUUGUGAUGCCAUUACAGCACCGCAUUACAAUACUGUGGUAACUGCGUAAUGUGUAUGAAACAGCAUCAAGCGCCUUUUGUUAUCUACAUGAAGGGCUGGGCAGCUAUGAAAUCGGGAUGUCAAUGGCCUAGAAGGCAUCCUACAACCCACGCACAAUGCAUGCAAACUUGAAAUUUUUUGCAAUUCAUAGAUGGCAGCAUAAGCUCAGUGCUCCACGUGUAUGUCCUUUAAAAAACAAAGUGGAUAAGCUUCGAGUGUAUGAAAUUCAUGAAGUGAAUAAAUCUCUCAAAAUCCAC